AUGGCAUCCAAAAAUAAUAUACUCAAGCGGCAGCAAAGGCAGCACCAACGCCUCCGAGGCAUGGGCGAAGACCUUAGCCGGCGACGACCACCACCGCCCCUCCCCCCCGACUACGCCAACGGCCGAGCAGGGCGAGAAAUCCUCGCUGAGCAGAGCAGUCGAAAAAUCGGAUGCCACCGUGCACCGCCGUCGACGUCCCCGCCCACACCUGAAGGCCAAGAUGAAGGCCAGACGCGCCGAAAGGCGAAGAUUAGAGGAGAAGAAAAAGGGGGAGGUGGCGGAAUAGAAGGUGGACGGAGUGGAGGAGACGUUACCCCUAAGACUUAA